CGCCGUACACACGCCCGCGCCGCGCUUCCUGACGCGCUACGUCGCCGGCGCCGCCGCUUCGCGUCAUGACUUCCGGGCGCCGGGGCCGCCAUCUUGCUCGCGCGGAAGCGGCCCGGCUGGGUGGGAGUCCCGAAGCGGGAGUCGCGGAGCGUGCGGCCGCCGCCAUGCCGUCGUCGCCGCUGCGGGUGGCGGUGGUGUGCUCGAGCAACCAGAACCGGAGCAUGGAGGCGCACAACAUCCUCAGCAAACGAGGAUUCAGCGUCCGGUCCUUUGGAACAGGAACUCACGUGAAGCUUCCAGGACCAGCACCCGACAAGCCAAACGUUUAUGAUUUCAAAACCACAUAUGACCAGAUGUACAACGAUCUCCUUAGGAAAGACAAAGAACUCUACACGCAGAACGGCAUUUUACACAUGCUGGACAGAAAUAAGAGGAUCAAGCCCCGGCCAGAAAGGUUCCAGAACUGCAAAGAUCUGUUUGAUCUGAUCCUCACCUGUGAAGAGCGGGUGUACGACCAGGUGGUGGAAGAUCUGAAUUCCAGGGAGCAGGAGACCUGUCAGCCUGUGCAUGUGAUCAACGUGGACAUCCAGGACAACCACGAGGAGGCCACCCUGGGGGCGUUUCUCAUCUGUGAGCUCUGCCAGUGCAUCCAGCACACGGAGGACAUGGAGAACGAGAUUGACGAGCUGCUGCAGGAGUUUGAGGAGAAGAGCGGCAGGACCUUCCUGCACACCGUCUGCUUCUACUGACGGCCCGCCGCCCGCCUGGAGCCACCUUGCCGAGCUUCCUUUUGUUAAUACUUCUUCCUUCCUGACAUUUGUUUUUACCUUUAGGUAUUCUGCCGGUGGACGGUAGCAGUGCCCAAAUAAACUGUACAUAUGAAAUGAGAAGAUAUACAUAAAUGCCAGAUUACAAUCAAGUUUUUCCCAUCCCACUUGUACUUACGAGUGGGAUAUUGAUUAUAGUAUUUUUUUCUUUAAC